UGGCUGGGGCGCCGACGUCGCCAUCGGCGUAUGCAUGCGCGCGGCGCGAGUCGCGCAUGACAAGCGCUGCGAGGUGCUCACGGCCGUCGUGAUCUUGGAGCUCCCGACCGCGGCGACGCCAAGUGCAAAAAAAGGCGGGCUCGCGCUGGUGGCGCCCAGCACCAGGUUCGUCACGAAGGCCGCUGGCGCGACCUGGGCUGACGAGCCGACGUCGGCGGUCGACCUGGGAACCGUCGCGCUGCAGCGUGAUGGCAUGCCGCCAUCGGCAUCCAACGUUGCCAUCUUGCCGCGCUUCGCUGCGGGCGAGAAGGCGCGCCUCCGCGGGCGGCGCCGUGCUGGCAG